AAGAUUAUUUUCAUCCCCUCGAGCCUCAAUCCUCAAUCUUUAGCUUUGUUACAACGACAAGAUUAUUUUCAUCAGUGAGUCAUUCAUGCUGAAAUCAACCUUAACUCCAAUUUUCUCAACCUUUCCCGCCAAUCCCAGAUCCAGAAACAUCCUUUCUCGUGCCAUCUCUGCCACUUUAACCCCACACCCACCAACUGUUCAACAAAAUGUUUCACCCAGCAUCUUUGCAGCAACAACCCAAGUCCCUCCAACUUCGGCUUACGUCCACCUUCCUUUCUGUCGAAAACGCUGCCAUUACUGCGACUUCCCAAUCGUUGCUCUUGGUUCCACUGCAUCCCAAACCGAGGACGACCCUCGAAUGUCUAACUAUGUGGAAUUGAUUUGCCGAGAAAUAAAUGCGUCAAGAUUGGAGUUUGGUGCCAACCCACCUCUGGAAACUGUCUUCUUUGGUGGAGGAACCCCGUCUCUUGUGCCACCGAGGCUGGUUUCUACUAUUUUGGAUGUACUGAGAGCAAAAUUUGGGUUGAGGUUGGAUGCUGAGAUAUCCAUGGAAAUGGACCCUGGUACUUUUGAUGCCAAGAAGCUUGAAGAUUUGAUGGAGUUGGGGUUGAAUAGAGUGUCUCUGGGAGUUCAAUCAUUUCAAGAUGAGAUGUUGAAGGCUUGUGGGAGAGCACAUGGUGUUAAGGAGGUGUAUGAGGCUAUUGAGAUUGUUGGCUCAUGUGGGGUCGAGAAUUGGAGCAUGGAUCUCAUAUCUUCUCUCCCUCACCAAACGCAACAAAUGUGGAAGGAGAGUUUGCAGCUAACCAUUGAAGCACAACCUAAACAUAUAUCUGUAUACGAUUUGCAAGUUGAACAAGGCACAAAAUUUGGAAAACUGUACACACCAGGGGAGUUCCCUUUACCUUCUGAUACUCAAUCUGCCGAGUUCUAUAGAAUGGCAUCAAGAUUGCUUUCGGAUGCUGGUUUUAACCAUUAUGAAAUAAGCAGUUAUUGCAAAGAAGGAUUUGAAUGCAAGCACAAUUUUACGUACUGGAAGAACAAGCCAUUCUAUGGUUUUGGCCUUGGCUCUGCUAGUUUUAUAAAUGGAGUCAGGUUUUCAAGGCCAAGGAAGAUGAAGGAAUACAUCAAUUAUGUGCAGAAUUUAGAGAACGGGGUGGUAAAUGAGCGCAUGGAUAGUCAAACAGACACAACGGACAAGGCUAUGGAUGUUGUGAUGCUCUCUCUAAGAACUGCAAGAGGCCUUGAUUUGAAGUCUUUUAGAGAAGCAUUUGGUAGCACAUUAGCAAACUCUCUUUGCAAGACAUACAAGGCUUAUGUGGAGAGUGGGCACGUGCUUUGCUUGGAUGAGCAGAAAAGAGUUCUGACUGCAUAUGAAUUCGACACUUUGUUAGUGAAUGAAGAGAAGAUGGAGAGAGUUUUAGCUCAUAUUAGACUUAGCGAUCCAGAUGGUUUCUUAUUAUCCAAUGAAUUGAUAUCAGUUGCAUUUGGGGUCAUAUCUCCCUAGCGUGAACGUUAUAUUAGUUAACAAUUACAAACAUUACAAUAAUAUUUUUGCUCGCAU